UGCGGGUCCCGCAGCCUGGCAGUGGGAAGGGUGGGGGCUCCUCGGUCUGUGUUUCCCUCUGGGUUUGGCAGGGUCCCCCUCAGCCUAGUUCCCGAGAGUGGGGCAGAAAUGGUCGGUAGGUUGCUCUGUAUUCCGCUUCCGAGCCAAGGGAGAAGUGAUUUUUUCACUACCGCUGCGCAUUUCUUCCUGGGGCUUGAGGGUGUUAUCCCGGACGUGGUCUCGCCGUCUGUGCCUGCAACUCUUCGGCGUGGGGGGAGCAUCAGGUUAACUCUUGGUGGCCAGAAUCUACCCCAACAUGCUAAUGAAUUGCUGGGAACUGGCGUAUGUUCUCGUUGGCUUUUCUUCAUCCACCCACUGACAUUGAUCCAUAAGCAUUCAAGAUAAUUUUCUUCCGAGUUAUCAGUGACUUGGAAACAGGGUGUGAUAGGUGUACAGCUCGUGGUUACCAUGGUGAUGGCUAGUGUCAUUCAGAAGAUCAUACCUCACUAUUCUCUAGCUCGUUGGCUUCUCUGUAGUGGCAGUUUACGAUGGUAUCAACAUCCCACUGAAGAAGAAUUACGAAUUCUUGCAGGGAAGCAACAAAGGGGGAAAAGCAAAAAAGAUAGAAAAUAUAACGGUCAUAUUGAAAAUAAACCCCUAACCAUUCCUAAGGAUAUUGAUCUUCAUCUGGAAACAAAGUCAGUUACUGAAGUGGACACUUUAGCAUUGCAUUAUUUUCCUGAAUAUCAGUGGUUGGUGGAUUUCACAGUUGCAGCUACAGUGGUGUACUUGGUAACUGAAGCCUACUACAGUUUGAUGAAGCCCUCACAGGAAAUGAAUAUCAGCAUUGUCUGGUGUCUGCUUGUUUUGGCUUUUGCCAUCAAGACACUGUUCUCAUUGACCACUCACUACUUCAAAGUAGAAGAUGGAGGUGAAAGAUCUGUCUGUGUCACAUUUGGCUUUUUUUUCUUUGUCAAAGCUAUGGCAAUCCUUAUUGUAACUGAAAAUUAUCUAGAAUUUGGACUUGAAUCAGGGUUUUCUAAUUUUUCAGAAAGUGCAGUGCAGUUUCUUGAAAAGCAAGGUUUGGAAUCCCAGGGUCCAGUGUCUAAACUAACCUUCAAAUUGUUCCUGGCUGUUCUUUGUUCACUUAUUGGUGCUUUUUUGACAUUCCCUGGCUUACGACUGGCUCAAAUGCAUCUGGAUGCUCUGAAUUUAGCAACAGGAAAAAUAACACAAACAUUGCUGCAUAUAAACUUCUUGGCACCUUUACUUAUGGUCUUAUUGUGGGUAAAACCAAUCACCAAGGACUACAUUAUGAACCCACCUCUGGGCAAAGAGAGCGUGCCUUUAAUGUCAGAAGCAACAUUUGACACGGUACGACUGUGGAUAAUUAUCCUAUUGUGUACUUUACGGUUGGCCAUGAUGCGCAAACACCUGCAAGCCUACCUUAAUUUAGCACAGAAAUGUGUGGAUCAGAUGAAAAAGGAGGCUGGCAGAAUAAGUACAGUUGAUCUGCAGAAAAUGGUGGCCCGAGUAUUUUAUUACCUUUGUGUAAUUGCAUUGCAGUAUGUGGCACCUCUGGUAAUGCUGCUUCAUACAACUCUGCUUUUGAAAACACUAGGUAAUUAUUCCUGGGGCAUCUAUCCAGAAUCUAGCUCUGACUUUCCAAUGGAGAACAGUCCACUUCCCAAUUCAGUUUAUUCUGAGUCUCCACCUGCUGAUGGAAAGAUGAAGGUAACUGUAGUACAAAUAACAAUGGCAUUGGGAAGCCUAAAGAACAUUUUCACUCCUCUCCUGUUCCGAGGACUCCUGUCUUUUCUCACCUGGUGGAUUGCUGCUUGCCUCUUCUUCACAAGCCUUUUUGGGCUUUUCUAUCACCAGUAUCUGACUGUGGCAUGAAUAAUCAGCUCACAAAGGAAAUAUCUGAAGUUAACUUCUCGAUUCAAACCCAUGUACCCCAGAGGGGCUGAAGAAAAAAAUGGAAGAAUGCAUACGUGAAGAAAAAACACAUAUCAGAUUUUAUUCUUAAAUGCUUCCUCUGUAUUCUCAGGGUGAAUAUUGUUGUUUAAAAUCACAAGUGGGUUUAACUUUUGUUACCGAAUGGUAGGUAACUAACUGCUGAAUUAUGGUAUUGGAACUGUGACUAACCUUUUUAUGUGGCUGAUAUUGGAGGGCUAGUUAAAAGGGUAGCGCCUGUGAGUACCUGGCUUUCCAUUAACACUAAGCUGCCCUCAAAACUUUUGUAUAUUACUUCAGUCGUUGACUGAUGACUCUUAGUGGUAUUGAGGUACAGGUAACACUAAUGGUGGCUGCCUAGUUAAACAAUCUUGAAACUGAGCCAUACAAUGGGAAGAGAAAAUAAUUUCUGUUGGAACGAUAUUGAUCACUUUUCUGUGUGAAAAGCAAAAAAAUCCAACAGGACAGAAGAAAUACUGUAUAUUACAGUAAAGGCUAUGAAAUAUUUGAGUUUAGGGUAGGAACAAAUGCAUGGACUCUGCAAGUAUUGCUGCCUAAGUAGUGCAGGAAUGCUCAUGCUGUAAGAAGAAUAUUCUAAAAAUAUAUAUUGUCUCUAUCCCUGCAGUCAUUUUAAAGUAAUGAAUGGCCAUACAAACCCUCGCAAGUACAGUAUUGGUGCUACUAUUGAUCCACAAAUUCCAUUUGGGUCUUUUAAAAUUUCAUUUUUCCAGGUAAUGGACAAAUUCCAUUCAAUUCACAAAAUAAUUGGAAUAGAUUAUCAACACUGAUCAAAGUGUUUAAAAAGAGUAACUAUAGUCCUGCUGAGUAUGUAUGUAUCUGUAAGUAUAUAUAUGUAUAUAAAUAUAUAUUAUAUAUUAAAUAUAUAAUAUAUAUGGAGUCUAUAAAAAUAAAUAUUGAAUCUUUAAGUUGCUGAAUGUAUGUUACAGGGCAGUGGGACAGCGACAUAUAUGUACCUAAAAAGUUCAAGAUCUCUUGAUUAAAUUUUUUUGAAAGUUCAGCUGAAAGGGCUAUUCAUUUUUGGUACCUCUACAAAGGUACUUAACUUUAAUAAAGAACCUUUGCAAUUUUGUUGAAAGAGAUUCACCCAGAAGUUGUUACUCUUAUCUUUCCUGCUCUCUGUGAUCUUCGUUUGUUACUCUAAUGUGAGAUUAUCCUGUUGAUGUAGAAAUAUUGAACAUCUUUUAGUCUCAGAAAUGUAUUUUCUGUACAUUAAUUUUAAAAUGUAUAGUAAGGAGGAGUAAAGUAUUAAUUUGACAAGUUUUGUUUAGUUUGAAUAACAGAUCCUAAGUUGAGUACUUUGAGAACAAAUUAGAAUGACAAUUUUUUUUCAUUUGCUUUGUGUAUACUGUAAUCAGAAAUGUGGGAUUGGGAAUUAAUUUUUAAUCUUAAUUUUACUUUAAAAAAAAAGUGCACUGCAGAAAGAUAUCUGUGUUUAGUAUGACAAAGUAAUAUUAGCCAUACAUAGAAAAUAUGGGUAACGCUUUUGGGUUUCUUUGAAUUAUUUGUGUAAAGCUUGGAAUAUAGUAAACAGAAAUGGAAAGACUGUUAGAAAAUGUUUUAUUUAAAUGUUGUAAAUCUGUAAUAUGGGAAAACAAAGCAUCAAAGAAUACUGAAAAUUAAGGAUCUGAGAGAGUUCUCAAUUCCUCUCUCUCCAUCAAAUGACUUUGAAAGUAUUCAGAAAUAUUUUAGCUCAUUUGCUGUUACCUUAAUAAGGUUUAUAUACCGCCACCUCUCACCUGCAUCCCCCGCUGCGUGCACACGCCCUCUUAAAUAUCCCGAAAAACCUCUUAAGAUCCUGCCAGUUACAGUAGGAGUAGAGUACUUUAUAGUUAACAGUGCUGUAAACUUCACUUGUACCCUAAUUUUUAAUAAGUGACAAUGGCAUCCACUCUCUGAAUGACCUAAAGAAUAUUUGACUUCAUAAAUUCAAAACUUGAAACAUUCCUAUGACAGAGGCCCUUUCAGAUGAUUGAUAGAUAAAGCCAGCAAUACUGGACAUUCCCAUUUUCUGGGUGUGUGUUGUAUAUGAUUAGCAAUGGAAAGAAUAAGGUAGCCUUUAAGUGCUUACAAUUAGAUUUCCAAGAUUAAUGCUUAGGGCCCUACCAAAUUCAGGGUCCAUUUUGGUCAAUUUCAGAGUCAUAGGAUUUUAAAAAUUGUAAAUUUCAUGAUUUUAGUUAUUUAAAUCUGAAAUGUCAUGAUAUUGUAAUUGUAGGGGUCCUGACUCAUGAAGGAGUUGUGUGGGGGUUUCAAGGUUAUUGUAGGGGGGGUUGCAGUACUGCUACCCUUCUGUGCUGCUGCUGGCAGUGGCACUGCCUUCAGAGCUGGGCAGCUGGAGACUGGUGGCUGCUGGCCAGGAGCCUAGCUCUGAAGGCAGAGCUGCUGACAGCAGUAGAGCAAAAGUAAGGAUGGCAUGGUAUGGUAUUGCCACCCUUACUUCUGUGCUGCUGCUGCUGGCAGUGCACUGCCUUCAGAGUUGGGUGUCUGGCUAACAGCUGCUGCCCACAUCUGAAGGCAGCGCAGAAGUAAAGGUGGCAAUACCACAACCCCCCUAAAAUAACCUUGUGCCGCCCCGCAACUCCCUUUUGGGUCCAGACCCCCAAUUUGAGAAAUGCUGGUCUCCCCUGUGAAAUAUGUAUAGUAUAGGGUAUAAGCACACAAAAGACCAGAUUUCACGAUCUGUGAUGCAUUUUUCAUGGCCGUGAAUUUGGUAGGGCCCUAUUAAUGCUCCAUUUAGGGGGGGGGAAAUCUCUCUUAGUAGUGUUGUUUCAUUCUGACUGCAAACUCAGCUUGCGAAGUUGUAUCAAUCUAUUUAAGAAGCUUGUCAUUGCAACCUGAAGAGUAGCAAUGAAAUUUAGAUUCUGAAGGAUACUUAAUCCAUGGGAAGACCUGCAUUUCUAUUCAUGAAUAGAAUUUCCAUCCCCAUAGAUUUGUUGUCACUGCUCCUAACUGAAAAUUAAGUGAUUAUAUAAGACUUUUUUAUAUAAAAGACGUCUUAUAUAAGACAAUUAUUAAUAUGGUUGGGCUUUAUAGAGCUAACAACAAGUGUCAGAUGUCUUGCUCUUCAGAAAUAACACUGAUCAAACUGAUACACCUGGAGAACUGACAUUGAUGCAUCAAGAAACAGCUUGAUUAUCUUUCUAUCUUUGUUCUGAUUACCAUUUCUAGCCAUUGCCUCUUGAAUGUUGCAUCCAACUCUGUGGUUCUGCAGGUUUCGGGUUUGCUAUGGGUGGAAGAUAUUCUCCCUUCAGUGACUUUCGUUGACUUAGAUCCUGCGUAAUCCAGAGGACUUCUUGUACAAAACCUAUGUAGGUCAGAAAAUCUGUCUGACAUGGGGGAAGUGGACAACGAAGAAGGGGAAAAAAAGGACAUUACUAUAGUGAUGAGUAUGGUAUAAAACACAUCUGUUGACCUUUCGCUGAAUGGUACCUUCAUGAGCAAAUGAAUAACCUGUCUUGUACUUCAUCUUAAGUCAUUUGUAGUUAUCUUUUACCCUCGUAUAUCUGUCUGCCAUUCUCAGUAGUAACCUGCAAAGAAAAAGUAGGUUUGUGCUCUUUUUUUAGUUGUUGCAUCUUUAUUAUGUAAACACAAGGCUUAUUGGGUAUGUACUUUGGCAGGAGUUCUCCUUUCUUACAUUACAAAAAUAAAGUUUUCUUAGUUUCUUUUGGAGGAUUAUAUGGACAGCUGCAGAAAACCAAUAGGUUUCAGAAAUAUAAAGCAAGUGAAACCUGACUGAGGGAAAGCAGUUUUUAGUUUAAGCAGGCUGCUUAAAAUGUUGUGUGGCCUUCUUCAUGAAUUAUCUCUUUCUGAGAAAAAGAACUGGGAGAUAGAUGUCUUUGGUAAAGAUUCAACAGUCCUGUCAUUCAGUUAAGAAGAUGUGGCUUGUGAUCCUGAGGACUUGACUAAAGAGUGUGAUUUUUAAACCCACUAGUUUACCUAAAUUGAAGUUUGUGUGUUAACUGAAUUUGAGUGGCUUAUUUCAGUUUAACUUGAUCUGUUUAUUUUUAACAAGAUUAAACUAAACUGAAAUAAGAAUAGCAAACCAUGAACUUGCAUCAGUUUAACUAAAUUGAUUUAAAAUAACAUCUUUAGUUAAAUCGCUAGGAAUCUGUCUAAAUCAGGCUUGAGACCUCUGAGUUCUCAUCAAAAGGUAGGGAAGACCAGCCAUGACAUUCCUAAUAGGAACUCUUUUUAAGCUUACAAAUGUUUUUUAUACAUCACAGGAAAGGAGAAAAGGUCAUAAACCAGUAUUUUUCACUUUGCAGGGCACCUUGGAAUGCCUUUUGGGCUGUACUAUCAUCAUGUAGAUGUUUCAGUAAUUGUAGAGAUCUUCAGGAUUUCCCAGCUGCCUAAAAGUUUGCAGUUGUUUGCAACCACAAAUUCUGGAUCCUUUUUUUUUUUUUUUUUUUUUAAACCUCUUUCUUACAUAAGAAUCAACCGGUACAACAAAGGAAAAGGGCAUGUGGUAUCCGUGAGAGAGAACAACCAGCAUUAUAUGGAAGAAGAGCUGCCUUAGAAGAUUAAUUGCUCAAACCCAGUGUUACAUAACAUCUAUUCUUUAUUCAAAGGAGAUGGCGAACUUGUGAACAGGGAGCCACUUAUGCCCUAAUUGUAAAGUCAAACUUACCUAGAAGCAAGCAUUUUGCCAUGAGGAUACAUGUUAGCUGUCUAACCCACAACGCUCAAAUUCUGAGUAUAUAGUAUGGUUAUUGUAUACAGAAAAUCCCAGCUAAUCUCAUCCAAACAGCUAUCUCUCUUUGUCAGCCACCUAUGGGUGCAGAAUUCACCAUUGCUAAUUGAUGUUUUAGGUUUAAUAUUUUUAAAAGUAAACUUAUGACUCUGAAAAUUUUGUCCUCAUAGAUACGAUAUUGUGAAGUUAGUGAUGCUGUAAAAUGGAAGCCCUUAUACUUUUUUUAUUCUCAAAGACCUUAGUGUUACACUUUUCCUUUUUAAGUAUUAGCUCACUUUCCAUAGAGGAACUUUGUGUUAUGUCAGCCAAAUAGCCCCCAAAUUUAGUACUGCACAUAGUCUAUUGCCGUUGUUUCCCCCCCCCCCCCCCCCCACAAAGCUACUAAACAUUUUACUCAAGAUUGAAGAACAAUGUCCACAGUAAAAACAGAAAUCAUGAAUGAAAAUACUCAGGCAAAAGGAGCUGAAGUGUUUUAUCAUAAGGAAAUGUUCCUAGGUCAGAGUGGGAUCUUAAUAAAAGAAAGACAGCAGAUUACUAGUGUUCUAAAUUUUAAGAUGAACGUUUACUGUAAAAUAACAAAUAGGUAAAACUGUUAUUUUAAUCUACAGCUUAAAUCCCCAAAAGAAGUAUUAAGGGCAAAAUCUUGGCCUCUCUGAUAAAGACUUACUCUGGAGAGUACAAGUGUUACAGAAAUAUUGGAUACACUGUCUUGUUGUUGGGCAAGAUGGUUCAGGGCAGCCAGUCAUGCUGUACAGUGACAUACGUGUUGCUUCUCCUUUGAAAAGCAUCAGCGUGCUCGCCAGUAGUGGCAACAUUGUGGUGUGGUACCUAGUCGUCAUUCCCAGCAUGAGGUUGGAAUGCCCUCCUGCUGCUGUCGGGAGGGGUGGAUGGGAAAAGCCUCCCUAAGUGAUUCUCUCAAUCAGGAUUUUGCUCUAAGGCUUCCUUACUGCAGUCUGCUUAACUUUUUUUACAAGGAAGUUUAAAUUUCACUUUUCCACAAAGUGUGUAACUUUUCAGGCUAUUUGCUGAAGCUCAGAGAAAAGUAAACCACAACCCAAGUCCUUUUUGAAAUCUCCCAUUAUUGGUUGUCAGGAGAAUAAUGAUGUACUUACUGGUCAUUGUUUUGAGAGCCAGUAUAUAUGUAUUUUUAUACCUUUGUUGUAACAGUGUUCUUAAUGCAAAUUAAAUUUAUUUGUAAUGCUGAUGCCAUGGAACAUGUCCUCAUGUUUAUUCAUGUCAGUGCCUCCAAUUAGAUUAAAUGUUUCUACAUGUUGAUUCUUUUUUAAACUUGAAGCCCAGAUUGAUGAUUUUGUAACAAGUAUAAGCAUAAUAAGUAUAUACUUAAUAAGUAUAAUUUAUAACAAGUACAAGCUUGGUAUCAGCCUGUAAAUACCAAACAGUUCCUUAGGUUCAGAUUCCCAUUAUUCAAAAUCAGGGAAGGGAAGAAGUUGAAAUCUGCAAUAUCUCUUAACACAGUAUGUUCAUGACUUUGGUAGUACACUCCUGGGUGAAUUCUGCACUAAAAAAUUAAAAAUUCUGUGCAGAAUAUUUUAAAAUUCCUCAUAUUUUGUAAAAAUAAGGCCAUAUAACCAUGCCAGUUUCACUUACUUUGGUAAUUUAUUUAAACUACAAUACAAUGCAUGGAGCAUGGGAGUAGGGAGUUUUGGAGGAAAACCCCAAAUUCCCUUUGUCUAAUUGUAAUGUAGCUAGGUUUGACCCUUUAUUUCUAGUUAUUAGUCAACAAAUAUAUGCAUCCAUAUGCUCAGUAUUACAUCAUAGGCAACUGAAGAGCAAGUAAAGGCUGGGGAGUCAAACUCACAAUUUAUGUUAGCUACUGACCAUUUCCAGAAAGGCCAACGGUAAACAGUUCUUGGAGCACAUUUUGAUAGGAAAAUUUUUCGGUCCAAAAAUUUAGACCAGUUCUAAUCACUGAAACACUAUAAGCAUUGCUAAGGUUACUGUCAUUUACAAUAAGGCUCCUUUGCACCAUUCUGGCAAUGUAAAGGAGCCUUAAAACUUUUAUGCCUGUUUUAUGCUCCCAGGGGGAAUUCACUAAGAAUGGGAACAGUUCACGAACAACAAUGGGAACAACUUAGCCAGCAGGCUGCUACAUUCUGCUCUGCCUGAAGGGAUAGAGUCUACCUCACACAUACCUCCAGACACCCACAAGCCCUAAUCCUCCACAUGGGAUUCACCACAAUAGGGAGUGAGAGGGACAGAGUCUCUUUUGCUGGGUAUAAGUAUAUACCCAGCCCCGCCCCUCCCGCCGUGAUUUACAUCUCCACUGGCUGCUCCAGGCUCCCAAGCCAACAUGCCCAGGCCACCUGAGAGGGGCGUGUGACUGCUCUUGCGGCUUCCCUUUGUUUCCCUGUCAAGUCAUUUUUCUGCAGGAAAGCAAAACAUUUUUGCAGGGGAUAUGAAUUGUACACGUGCUCAGUGGGGCAGAAUUCCCCCAGGAGCACAAGUAGUAAACCUCUGUAGCAUUUAAAGAAGCAACUUUUUGAAUAGUCUUACUGGUUGGCCAUUUUCAAUUACUUUGAUAGUUUUGCUGUAUUUUUGAAACCUGAUUUAUGAUGUUUUAUGCUUAUAAAAUCAGGCUUUGUCCUAAUUUUCAGUAUUCUUUGUAACUUUGUUUACCUCUUAUGUACUAUUGUCUUACGUAUUUCAAAAGCAGAUAGGUAUUCACAAUGUUUUUCAUAAAAGGUAAAACAAAGAAAUUCCAUUUUGUACAUCUGAUUCUUACACGUGUAAACAUGGUGUGCCUACAAAAACUUUAUUUUUCCUGUUUCUGGUUUUCCUAUCUUAAAUCAUGCCCAUAUUCCACUUUAGUUAUCUUGUAUUGUUAACUACCUUGCAUAAUUUGAGUAGAUAAACAUUUUCAAGAACAAAAGUGGGAAAACAUAUAUCUCUGGCAAAAAUAGCGGGGGAAAAGGGGAACCCGCUUUUAUCCUCGUGUCUCAUUCCCUUUUAAGUAUCAGCAAAUAUUUGUACUUAAAAAUACUAUUAAGUUGUUUAGGCCCAGAAUUUCACUCAAGUUAAAAUUCUUGUAAACUGUAAAUUAUUGCGAACUGUACAUGUCUCCAGACUGUAAAUAUUUUUUUAAAUCUAUCGUUACUGGGAACUUUAAAAUUGUUAUGUAUAACCUCACAGUUGUUGCUCUGUUGCUACUGAGAUAGCUUUUGUUAGCAAAGGGUACAUGGAUCAACACACCCUGUUCCUAGAACUAUGCUGGCAUUGACAAUAUUGAUGCUUACAAAGCAAAUUACCUGUAACAGACUGUGAACAAGAGAUGAAAAAUCUGUAUUUGCCAAUGGAAAAGGUCAAAGCUUACGGGAAACUUCCAAGCCCCUUUUUCUAGAUUAGGGUAGGGUUUCAAAAAUUUCCCACUUGCCAAUAUGGUGGAACUCAAAGUGUAAGACUGAGCACCUUCAUUUUAUUGUCUACCAGUUAUCACUGUUUUAAAACACCAUAUUGAUUAGACCUGCUCUGAGCAAAGUUACAUGACAUGGUGCUUUAAAAUCAGGCACACCUUCUGUGCUGUACUGCAGAGGUCUUCCAAAAGUUGCUAACAUAGUGGAACCCAACUGCUAUUGGCAAAGUUACAUCAUUUCUUAAAAAAUAAAACAGGAUGAGGGUACAAUAUUACCAACAACAUCUACACAAAGAACAAACUCCAUCUUCUGUGCACACGAGGUGUUACUAAAGUGCCUGGACCUGCACAUUCUAGAGCAGAUACUAGGAAACAGGGCCGGCUCCAGGCACCAGCUUGGCAAGCUGGUGCUUGGGGCGGCCACUCCGGACAGGGGCAGCAGGUCCAGCUAUUCGGCGGACAGUCCCUCACUCCUGCUGGGAGCGAAGGACCUUCCGCCGAAUUGCCGCCGCAGAUCGCGAUUGCGGCUUUUUUUUUUUUUUUUUUUUUUUUUUGUGGCUGCUUGGGGCGGCCAAAACCCUGGAGCCGGCCCUGCUAGGAAAUGACAUUUUCAAACAGACAUUUUCUAAAGUUGUGCACAUGCCUUUGUGCUUCUCUUGGUAGGUAUGCAUACCUAGAAGAGAGCCUGCAUUUUCUUAAAAGGAGGUCAGCUAGUCCUUAAAAACUUGCCAUGGGAUUUUAAUUUUAACUCAUUUAUGUGUGUGUAUGUAUAUAUGUGUAUAGAUGAUUAAUGUGGAAAAAUAAAUUCUCAUGGCUAAUAUUUUAACCAUAUAUAUAUUUUUUAAUUUCCAAUCAGUUGAUUUUGCUUUUAUCACAUAAAUAGUCCAAGAAUUCUGCCUUCCCUUUACAGUAUUUGUAAGAACACCUCAGUUCCUCCUACACUUUCACACUUUUUUCAUAUUUGAGAUUAAAGAAAUUACAAUUCUAUAAUGUUGGUGCUGUCUGCAAUGGAAUGGUUGACUUUGAAAGAAGUUUGUAACAACUGCUUUGCUCCAAGUUUGUAGUUUAAGCUCCAGUCCUGCAAAGACUUGUGUAUUUAACUUGAUCUCAGUGGGACUAUUCAUGGGUUUAAAGUUUGUGUGGAAGUUUCUGCAGGACUUGAGCAUUAAUGAGAUCAAAUCUAGGAUACAAAAGAGCAGGAAUUACAUGGACGUAUGGGGCUGAACAUAAUGGAUCCAAAACAGGAGACCAGUGUUAACUGUUGUACAGUUUUUUAAAUUUUGUAUUUUUAAAUAGCAGCCUUAUGUACUGUUGCAUGCUUUUGUUAGGACAGUGGGCUGCCAGCUUGACUUUUAACUAUAUUUUAUAAGAACUUGCACGCUUUAAAUUUUAAGAUUAAAAAAAAAUCUAUCAAACAUGAUUGGUCUGAUUCAACAGAAAAAAAAGUGAUGAAAUAAACAUUAUUAUAUGCCUAGUCUGGAGGUAAUUAUUUUGCAUGUUACAUGUAAAGUUCUUGUAAAUUGAACUGUUUGCAUUGAAUUAAGUCUGUACCAAAGGAAACACUUCUUAAAGGAAGCCUUAUAGAGUGUUGAGCUUUUAGCUCUAAAAAAUGGCUUUAGCAAUUAGUAUAUUUAAUGUAUAUAGUACCUGGUUUGAGGAAAACUUUUUCCUGUAAGCUACUAUACAUUAGUUUUUUACACUGUGUGUAAGAAAUUAUGUUGCUUAGUGCUGCUAAUGGUUUAUCUGGAGAAUUAAAGAAGAAUUUUCUGUUUUGCUUGAAAAGUGUUGGCAUGUGUCAGGCAGCAUUUUCCUAAUGUUGAUGAACAUAGUAAUAAAGCUCACUGUAAGUUUUGAUGUUAAUUUAAUAAAAUUCUGUGAAAUACAAAGAU